UUUCAGCUAGUUGUUGUCUCGUGUGAUUUUCAGGAAACCAAAAUAAUUGUUACGGCAAUUAGCAGAAGUCUAUAUAAAAUCAUGAAGAAUGCCGGAAGGUUCUCUUGGAGCGAUAAAUAUUUCAGUGACUUUGUUGAAACUACCACGAUAAAUGGCGUCAUUCACGUCUUCAGGGGCAGAUCUAAAAUAAGGCAGAUAAUGUGGGGAUUGCUGCUCAUUUCUUCUUUCAUUGCUGUUUGUGUCGUUAUUGGCUUUAAUAUCAAAGAAUAUGUCAAUAAGCCAACUGCAUCAACCAUUUUGGUAUCGCCUUCAGUGAAGAAUGGGCUGCCAUUCCCAGCAGUAACGAUAUGCAAUCUUAAUGUAUACACCCCAACCGGUGAAGACAAGGAGCCAGACUUCUCUUCAGUUAUCCAUAGUCUCUUUAACUCUCAGGACUUGGUUAAUCAGACGAGUUUAUUUGAUGAAUGCAGCGAAGUAAUCAAUUCUAGCGACACUAGUGACGCGUUUGAUUGUGAAGUAUGGGACCUACUUUUACCUGAUGACAAGAGGUUCAUCUAUCAGUGCUCAUUUAGUCAUGAUGCAGAUAGUGAAAUUGUGUCAUGCAGGGACAUGUUUUAUCCUGUACUAACACCAGCAGGUAUCUGCUACACUUUCAAUGGCAUUAGAAGCAAAAUGCCAGUACCAAUGGCCAAAGACAUUGGUGUUAGGCACGGGCUGAAUUUAAUAUUGAACAUUGAACAGGACUCGCAUCCAACGUUUCACGGGUUAACUGGCGUCAAAGUUAUCGUUCAUGAUAGAAAUGAUAUAUCACGGCCCAACCUUUAUGGUAUUAGCGUGGCUCCUGGUCAAAACGUUGCCAUUUCUGUUGAAAGGAAAGUCUACAUUGACAAAACAAAAGAAAGAGAUUGCACUAACGACGAAAGAGAGCUAGGUUUCUUCCCGAGCACGGUUUACUCUCAAUUUGCAUGUAAAGAGAAUGCCCUUUACCAGCACUUAGCAGAUGAGAGUGUCUGUGGUUGUGUUCCUAAUCCUUACAGGCCAAGCACAGGUCCUUACAUCAACACACCUAACUGCACUUUGCACAGUCUCUGCUGCUUGCUCCAAGAAUACUUCGAUUACAGGGUCAGCUCUGCUACCUGUCCUCUACCCUGCCAGUUCAGUAUGUACGAUUACAAAAGCAGCUACUCCAGUUUUCCUAAUGGUCACGCUUUGAAGAGUAUUGCUAAAUCGUUGAAUUUAUCACAAGAUGCUGUCAAGAAUAAUUUUCUUUCUGUCCAAGUUUACCUGGAAAGCUUAGAAACUCAUGAGUACGUCACCAAGUACAGUAAGACACUGACUGGCUUAUUUGGAGACAUUGGUGGUUUGAUUGGGCUCUUUCUUGGAAUGAGUAUCAUAUCAAUCAUUGAGGUACUUGUACUGAUUCUGGAUGAACUCAAAAAGUUGCUCUGUAUCAAGAAAUUUAGGAAGAAAGUUAAAAAAGUUGAUGACAUGCUCACACAUUUUCUUCCAGAUGUCAAAUGACUUAGUGCACGUAUGCACCCA